AUUUUAUUCAGCUUGGUACGAUUACAUACGAACGUUAAUAAUUCGUUGGAUCGUUUGGCGAAAUUUAUCUUUACCGAAUGGAUGUUCAAUAACCCUCGUACGUUGGCGUUACACAACUCGCUAUCAGAGGAAGAUAAAAAGUUAUUCAACUUGGAUAUUAAAUCGCUGGUAUGGGAAGACUAUUUCAAUAAUUUGACACAAGGUGUUAGAACGUAUUUGAGCAAAGAGUCACCGAAAACAUUGGCCAAAGCGCGAUCCAAACAAAACAUAUUGUACAUCGCACAUGUUACCAUGCAAGCCGGAAUAUUGCUCCUUGCUUGGUGGUUAGUUAAAGUUAUCUCCGCCAGUACUUGGCUCAAGACUGGUAUGGUCGUUCCGAUUCUUACAUACAUGUUUCUCUCAAGUCUAUAAAGACAGCCGCAGACAAGUUUCAUUUUCACCUGCGCUUGAUGAAUUGAAAUUUUACGCCAUAAAUCUAAACACGAUACUAUUCUGAUCUGUUUUAUUCUGUACUGCGUUUUAUAUAAAAUAAAUACAGUUUAUCGAGAGUA